AACUACGGAGGUUACAUAACCAUGAAGUGCGACCAUCAAAUAUAGAAAUGAGGAAACUCCGAAGUUCAAUUGGACAUCAAUGUGUUCAACAAAUUGCUCGGCCAUACUCAGCACGAUCUUUAUACGUGGAAGCAAUUGUUAGCCAUCCUGAAGGAGCUGAAAAUUAUACAUUUUUGCAAGCAGCUGAAAGGAUGCGGCAAAUACGAAGAUCAGUGUUCCCUCCAACACCGAAGAAUCUGCAACAUUUUAAUAAUUUAUUACAAAUGGAUAAUAAUAAACAUUUCACUAUGUCGUUUCAAAAACAGCCAAGUUUAUUUUAUCAAGGUCCACUCAUAGUUAAUGGUUUAUUUGUCGGUGUACUAUUCUGUAACAAACAUCAUAUCGAGUCAAUUCAAAACGAAUUACAUAAUGUUACAAUAUCUGGGUGUGAUGGAACUUUUAAGACGGUUCCCAAAACAUUGGAUAACGACUGCUAUCAAUUGUUCACCUUUCAAGUGAUUCAUAGAAAUGCUAGUUUUCCAAUGGUAUAUGCUAUACUUACAGGUAAAACUGAGGAAAUAUAUGUAGGGUUAUUUAAAUAUGUCCGUAAUGUUUUACCACUACAGUACGAUAAAUUGACUAUAAUCACGGAUUUUGAACUUGGACUAAUUAAUGCAAUCCGCUUAGUAUUUCCAGAAAGUAGUCAUCAAGGAUGUUAUUUCCAUUAUUGUCAAUCAAUUGUACGGCACCUAAGAAGUAAAGAAUCAGGAAUGUACAAUUUGGUAAAAGCCAAUCCUAUUGCUGCCAGAAUUUUUAGAAUGGUACUUGCUCUGCCGUAUUUACCACCUAAUUCAAAUAAUAAUAGGAUUCCCAGCAUGUUAGAUGGCUUCAAUUCUAUUAUCAUGUAUAUUGUACAACAUACUGAGAUAGCUGAGUAUUUCCAUGAUUUUAUGUACCAGUAUGUAUUUGGAUAUUGGUUUGUAAGAAUGCGACCAGAAGCCUUCACUAUAUUUGACAAGGAUAUUAGAACCAAUAACUAUCUGGAGAGCUAUCACGCAGCUCUUUUACGGUUUAUUAAACCUCACCCCAAAAUAUGGGAGUUCAUGGGCCAGAUAAGAUUUCUAGAAAACCAAUACAACUUGGAAUUCAAACAAGUCUCUCAAAACUUGAAUAUCCGUUCUUGUAAUUCUUCAAGAGGUAGAAUUAGGAAUACUAGUGAAAUUAAACGGUUCAUGCAAGACUUGAUAGAGGAUGAUGCUCCUGAUCGCAUUUUAACAUUUUUAAGAAGGGCAGGUCAUCAGGUUAAUGGUUACAUAGCCCAACAAAUUGGCCCAUAUCCUGAUGAACAAGAAUUGCUACUCCAUGAAGCUAACAAUUCACAAAUUAUAAUUAUAAAUUGAUAUAAAUUUUUAUUUUAUUAACUUUUUUUAAACCUAAUUAACGAGUCAUACUAUUAUUAAUUGACAUGAAUUAUUAUUAUACUAACUUUUUUUAAACUUAAUUAAUGUGACAAAUUUUAAAAUUAUUCUACCAAACGUAAACCGUGAUUUUUAUAUA